AUGGGCUGCUCUGUUUCGAAGAAGAAGAAGAAGAGUGCAAUACGACCGCCGGGAUAUGAGGAUCCUGACCUUCUUGCCUCCGUUACACCGUUUACGGUAGCAGAAGUGGAGGCUUUGUAUGAACUGUUCAAGAAGCUAAGCAGCUCAAUUAUUGACGACGGUCUUAUUCAUAAGGAAGAAUUUCAGCUGGCUUUGUUCAGAAAUCGGAACCGCAAGAACCUUUUCGCUGAUCGGAUAUUUGAUGUAUUUGAUGUGAAGCGAAAUGGAGUGAUCGAGUUUGGGGAAUUUGUCAGGUCCUUAGGCGUCUUCCAUCCAUAUGCUCCUGUCCAUGAAAAAAUCAAAUUUGCUUUCAAAUUGUAUGAUUUACGGCAAACUGGAUUCAUAGAGAGAGAAGAAUUGAAAGAGAUGGUAAUCGCGCUUCUUCAUGAAUCUGAACUUGUUCUUUCCGAAGAUAUGAUCGAACUAAUGGUGGAUAAGGCGUUUGUUGAAGCAGACCGCAAAAACGACGGAAAAAUUGAUCCAGACGAAUGGAAAGAUUUUGUGUCCAAGAAUCCGUCGCUUAUCAAGAACAUGACUUUGCCGUAUCUAAAGGACAUAAAGGGUGCAUUUCCAAGUUUUGUAUUAUCUUGUGAAGACGAAGAAUUGGAGUUGCAAAACUUAUCUUUCUAA